GCCUGUUGCUUUGGGGGCUCUCUCAAGAUUUGUUCUUUUCCACCAUUGUUCGAGAACUGAGAAAACGGCUUCUGACAUCCCACCACGCUUCCCUGAUGCUCUAAAACCCUGCCGCCCAACCUUCAACCUUCACGCAUACCUUAAUAAUAGGAUAUUCUCGUGAGAACAUCGCCCAGACAUCCAUCCCGCCACUGACGCCAACUGCCACCCACCACCAAACCGCACCACCACCUCCAAAGGUCCUCGAGACGAAACAGCCGCCCGCCGUGUUAAUCCUCCUCAACCCACACCUGACAUCACCCACCUCCCUUUCCGCUCGCCUUCCCGUUCGAAUAAUACACCACUGUGAGCGUCACUGCGAUUUAAUCUGAGCACUUGCACUGCACCAAUUUGUGCUCUCGGGGCUUCCAAUAGUUGCCCUUCGUGUCUGUUGCACCACAGGCCGAACUACACCAGAGGUUGCUGUCGAUCAUUGAAGGGCGUGGCUGGUGCUUGCUCGCAAGCUGUAGACACUCUUUAGACACCCCCUUUCCCCCUAGUACCGGUUUCCAUCUUCUCCAUGGAGAACAUAUGGAGUCGCCGCCCCGGUUCGAGCAAGCUCUCCCUCUCUACUUCCGGCUCCGGUCAGGGCGACAGCCCCUCUGGACGCAACAACUCUUUCAGGCGAAUCGGCGGUGAUAGCUCUUCGCUCCAGAAAACCAACCCCUUCAGUUCCAUAACCACGCCAGGAGGCGGCUUGGCGUCACCUACAGGCGGCGCAUCGAAUGCCUUCGGCCUAGGAUCUGGCGCCUUUGCCUCUUUUGGCUCGGCGAAGACCCCUAAGGCGACUGGAAAUCCUUUCGAGUCGUCUUUGGGCGCUGCUGUCAAGACACCCGGUGCGGAGAAAUCUGCAAAGGAGGGUGGCUUGGCUGGCAAGUCUGUCGGCCGGGUGGCAUCCAACGCCUCCCUGCUUGACUCUGCCAGGACGUCAAGAGCGUCAGUCCACCGGCUGCGUGACAGCUGGGUGUUCUGGUUUCGCCCGCCCAUCUCCAAGGCGAACGGGUUUAUCGAGUAUGAGAACACUCUGCACCCAAUCGCCUCGGUUGAUACAGCCGAGAACUUCUUCGGCGUGUACGGGCACUUGAAGCGGCCGUCAACGCUGCCGCUGGUAUCGGACUACCACCUCUUCAAGAAGGGAAUCCGGCCAAUAUGGGAGGACCAGGAGAACAAAGCGGGUGGCAAGUGGGUGGUGCGCCUCAAGAAGGGCGUUGCGGACCGCUAUUGGGAGGACCUGCUGUUUGCCAUUAUUGGCGACCAGUUCGGCGAGGCCAGUGAGGAGGUUUGCGGUAUUGUGGUGAGCAUCCGUAACGGGGAGGACAUCCUCAGCAUCUGGACUCGUUCGAGUGGACAGCGGGUCCUGAAGCUCCGCGAAACUAUGCGCCGAGUCCUGUCGAUGCCAAAUGACACCAAAAUCGAGUUCAAGAGCCACGACACCAGCAUCCAGCAGCGCACUGCUAUUGAAGAGUCCCGGCGGGAGAAGGCGGCGAACAAUCACCACGGUGACAAGCGCAACAACAAGCAGCAACAUUAUCAGCAGCAGCUGCAGCAGUCGAAUGACGAACAGCAGAAGAACUUAUAAGUACAGCCCUUUUGCAACCUUAUGUAGCGAAGCGAGCGCGGCCUCGGGUCCCAUCCUAGCGUAUUAUGAUGGCCUACCGAAGAGAAAUCCCAAAAGAAUUCCGUCCGUGGACAAAAAAGAUUUUCAGGCGUUGUUGUGUGUGUGUUUUCUCUUUCUCUCUUUACCAUCUCUAUGUCCUGUGUGUAACAACAUCAUUUCCGGUUUUGUCUUUUUCAUCGAGCAAGCAUUGUUUUUUGACAGUCACUUUUCUCAACUCGCCGUUUUCUCCUUCUGUUUGGACUUGUAGCAGUAGCAGGCAGGGAUGAUUGGUGUGGGCGGUGUAAGCUGUGAUUUUUCACCUGGUGUGUGGGAGGAAACGGUCAGGGCGACAAAGGGAGAGCGGGUGGGUGGUGAAUGCUGUGGGUUCAAUGGUUGAAAUGCGCGAAAUGACUUUUGGGAUAUUUGGGAAGGGGGCGGGGGAAAUUGUCGGGGAAUGAAUGGGCUGGGUUCAUCAUGCUUCGAGGGAUCAAGGCGUGCAGCGCGUGAUUAGCGAUUUUGCAAAAGCAGGAAAAGAAAUAUUUUGAAGUAUGGGCUUCGUCAUGUAUGUUGCUGCUAGUGUUAUUGCUGACAGGAAAUAUAUGCUGUUGUCUUAUCAGUA